AAAGUAACCAAAAAUGGCUUCAUCGGCGCCACAGGGAUCCGUUGAUCCACUCACCGGCAAAGAUCCGGCGAAGGCGUUAACUGCCGUAGCUUCUGGAUUCAUUGAGAAUGUGAAGAGAAACAGGCAAAGCUUCUUCCAGUUCUUCGCCAUGACUGGAAUUUUGCUUCUGAGCUUCCGAUCGGUAAGUCAGAAGUACAGAAUCCACGAUCAGGAGGAAGACACGGCUGUUCUCAAGAAGGAGCAUGAUAGUUUGACGGAUCGUAUGAGUAAAAUCAAGAGCGAUCUUCUUCAUCAAGCUUCGAUUGACUCUACCGGCGUCUUUGCUUCUCGGCUCCGUCUACUGUUCGGUGACGAUAAGAAGUGAUCGGAGAAUUUUGAUUGAUAUACGGUCAAUGAGGUUAUGGUUUUCUUACUCAUGAUUAUUGUAGUCCUAAGUAUCAGAUGACUUCGACUGUAAUGGCUCUGUUCUUCCUUUUUCUCUAGAUUGGAAGGCUUUAGCAAAUUAAUGAGUAGGAGAACAGUGGUGUAUGGUUUUGAUUUUAUCUUUUAAAAACAGGUUACGUGAAAUGAUUUACUUUGUUGUGAUCAUGUUUUUUU